UGUGUGUGUGUGUGUGUGUGUGUGUGUGUGUGUGUGUGUUUGUCAUUAUUACAUUGUGUGGCCAUGCAUCAGACAGCCCAGUCACGCCGUGGGGUCCAAUUUUUUUGUGGGGUCCAAAACCCUGGACCCCACAAAUUUUACCUCAUAUUCAUUAUAAUUAAGGUCAGAACUAUGCCCUGUGAAGUUUUCAGGGUUGUCCCCAAAAAUCACUUUUACCGACUUAGUGUGUAUAAGUGUGCUAACAGGAGGUAACUCAGUAUCAGCCACUACUGGCCAAGGCAGGUACUGCAUCCCACACACACAUUCCAUUCUCCACACACACUUUGCUGAACUGCGCAUGUGCAAGCAGCCAUCUUCCAACAUAUUGAGCUGUUUGAUUAGCUGGUAGCACUUAGCUCCUUAGCUUAGUGUCUUUAAUGAAAUACAGAAUUAAAAACACAAAUAUAUACAUUUUUGGUGAGUUUGACUUGUGUUGUCACAAUAACAAGCAAUGAAUCAUUAAUCAUUAAUUAUGUAAAUAACAAAUAUAAAAAGAUUUGAGAGAUUACAGACUACAGCUGUUGUUAGCAUAAAUGCUAACUUAACAUUGAAAAUGCCAUAGACAAGCUAAACGUUAGCAUACAUGCUAACUUUACAUUGAAAUCGGCUUAGACAAGCUAACCGUUAGCAUAAAUGCUAACUUAACAUUGAAAACGCCAUAGACAAGCUAAACAUUUGCAAAAUGCUAAAAUAUUAUGUUCUAAGAGUGCUCAGAUCUUGUGCUUGAGUAAAAGAUUACUCAGAUAUUGCACUUGUCACCUUUUUCAUACCUGAUGAGUUUACAUCCCUGUAUAUAUAUAUAUAUAAAAUACAAAUAAAAAUGUUCUUAAUAUUAGCCUUGUUUUAAUGGUCAGAUUGGGUCACCUUGAUUUAAUAUUGGGACAUUCCUGGUGGGCGGAGACAGGAAUUCUCAUUGUGAUAGCAUGACCACCCUUACAGGAUGUGCUGACUCUUUAAAACAAGCGCUCCAUAUGAGGACAGAACCACGUGAAUUUCGUUUUGCACUUCACUGGCAGUGGGAUCGUAGCUAAAAAGGAUACACUAUGGCGGGACUGAGACGCAGGAAACCCCCCCUCAAGGAUGCGAUCGAACAUGCAAGCGAGGCAGUUGACAAGACUGCAAAAUUGGAAGUGAUGUACAUCAACUCUUUUAAAGGUCGAGGGGUCUUUGCCACUUCUCAUUUCCAAAAAGGAGACUUUGUGGUGGAGUACAGAGGGGAAUUAAUACAUUCUGAAGAAUCACAAAAGAGGAGGAGGAUAUAUCAUGUCAGCUGUGCUGUCUUUAUGUUUGACUUCUACUGGCAAGAAAGAACAUGGUGUGUUGAUGCUGCACAAGAAGAUUCCAGUCUAGGAAGAUUAGUCAAUGAUGACCACAAACAUCCAAACUGCAAAAUGAAGAAGGUCAUGGCAGAGAACAAGCCACACCUCUGUCUCUUUGCUCUUCGAGACAUUAAUCCUGGAGAAGAGAUAAUAUACGAUUACGGAGGAACUGAUUGGCCUUGGAGAAAACAGGUUGGAGAGCCAGCUACUGCCAUCGAGUCUUCUGAGGCUGAGAUCCCCAGUACGAGUGAGCCAGCUCCUCAGAGAUCUUCAAUCUCCGACACACAGGUUGGAGAGCCAGCUACUGCCAUCGAGUCUUCUGAGGCUGAGAUCCCCAGUACGAGUGAGCCAGCUCCUCAGAGAUCUUCAAUCUCCGACACACAGGUUGGAGAGCCAGCUACUGCCAUCGAGUCUUCUGAGGCUGAGAUCCCCAGUACGAGUGAGCCAGCUCCUCAGAGAUCUUCAAUCUCCGACACACAGGUUGGAGAGCCAGCUACUGCCAUCGAGUCUUCUGAGGCUGAGAUCCCCAGUACGAGUGAGCCAGCUCCUCAGAGAUCUUCAAUCUCCGACACACAGGUUGGAGAGCCAGCUACUGCCAUCGAGUCUUCUGAGGCUGAGAUCCCCAGUACGAGUGAGCCAGCUCCUCAGAGAUCUUCAAUCUCCGACACACAGGUUGGAGAGCCAGCUACUGCCAUCGAGUCUUCUGAGGCUGAGAUCCCCAGUACGAGUGAGCCAGCUCCUCAGAGAUCUUCAAUCUCCGACACACAGGUUGGAGAGCCAGCUACUGCCAUCGAGUCUUCUGAGGCUGAGAUCCCCAGUACGAGUGAGCCAGCUCCUCAGAGAUCUUCAAUCUCCGACACACAGGUUGGAGAGCCAGCUACUGCCAUCGAGUCUUCUGAGGCUGAGAUCCCCAGUACGAGUGAGCCAGCUCCUCAGAGAUCUUCAAUCUCCGACACACAGGUUGGAGAGCCAGCUACUGCCAUCGAGUCUUCUGAGGCUGAGAUCCCCAGUACGAGUGAGCCAGCUCCUCAGAGAUCUUCAAUCUCCGACACACAGCAUUUAGGUGAAACAGAGUCCUAUCUUUUAAAGAAAAAAUAUGGGAUGAUGGUUUCCCUUGUAAACUACACAGAUUCAGACGAAUCUCAGAGUCCGUCCCGAAUUGCCAUCCAUGACGAUAGCUCUCAGGCAUGGAGUCCAGGUACUGACAUUGAACUCAAAGAAGACAAAGAUAUUUUCCCAAUGCUGAGGAGGACUAAAAGCAUACAGAUGACCAGCCAGAUUGAGUUUGAUUCAGAUGAGCUCUUUGACCCCAGCUCAGCGGACAGUGGAGAGGAAUAUAUUCCUAAAACGAGUGAAGACUCUUCUGGUACAGACACAAGCGAAGUUAUUGACAUAGUCCACAAAAAAGACAGCAUGCUUGGACGCCAAUACUUUCAAAAGCUGUCUCACAUCAGUGAUGAAUGUCUCUUACCAACCCAAGUGAACAGUAGUUCUUCACAGCAGGUGCCCAAGAGAGGACGCUCCCCCUCAAGAAGAGAUAGCAAUUCCAUUAUUAAACGCAAAAGACAAUGUUUAGGCAGUGGAUCCUGUCCCACAACACGAACCAUAGGGGGUAAAUCGUUAAAACAGAGUAUAGUUGGCGACACUGGAUCCGUAUCUGAAAACUCGACACAUGAAGUUGAACCAAAUCUUCCUGAUGGGGCCUCUUCCCUUCUUACAGAAAACAAAGUAGCUGAAGGUUCACGUUCACCUUGCAUACCUGCCGUUUGUAAAAAGGAGGAUGGGUCAAGAAUGUACAACAAAAAGCAAUAUUGUUUGUACUGUAAGAUAGGAGUUGGAAAAAUAGCAAGGCAUUUGGAGCGUGCGCAUCACAAUAAGCCUGACGUUGCACAGGCUUUGUCCUUCCCAAAAGGUUCUAAAGAAAGAAGAAUGCAUUUGGAACAUUUAAGAAACAGAGGCAACUUCGCCCACAAUGUUGAGGUAUUAAAUGCUGGCGUUGGAAAUCUUGUUUCUCGCAAGCAACCCAAACAGGACUCUCAAGCACAGAAUUUCCUCCAUUGUGUUUAUUGUCAAGGAUUGUUCAACAAGAAACUCCUUUGGCGGCACAUGAAGAUCUGCAAGUUCAAACCCGAUGUUCCACAAAAACCUGGCAAAACCCGUGCCCAGGCCCUGUCUGCAUUUGCAGUACCUCCACCACCUGGCGUCAAGAUAGAGUUUUGGAAGCUGUUAAACAACAUGGUUCAAGAUGAUGUUUACAUUGCUGUCAAAUCUGAUGUAUGUAUCAUGGAGUAUGGUGAGCACCUGUAUAACAGGCUUGGAUAUGAUGUUGGCAAGCAUGAAUACAUACGGCAGAAACUGAGGGAGCUUGGAAGGCUUCUGGUAUGUUCGAGGAAAACUACUCCCUUAAAGACUAUUCAAGACCAUGUCAAACCCAUCAAUUUCUUGUAUGUUGUGCAAGCAGUCAAACAUGUGGCAGGCUUCGACAGUGAAACCAAUACAUACAAGUGCCCAAGUCUUGCCCUUAAAAUUGGACAUAGCUUGAAAAAGAUGUCAAUGCUUGUUGAAAGCCGUGCAAACGUACAGAGCAACUACUCAGCAGCUAAAGAUGCUCGUACGUUCCGCAGAGUAUAUGAAACCCGAUGGAAUGAACUGAUUUCUGCCGCAUCACUGAGAACCCUUCAGGAAUCCAAGUGGAAUGCUCCUCAGUUGCUUCCAUUUACAAAAGAUGUCCAGACUCUCCAUUCUUAUUUAGAUGUGCAACAACAAGAAGUUCACAUUAAAUUGUCUGCAGAUAAAUCUCCCCAGACAUGGUCACAGUUAGCAAAGGUCACUUUGACACAAGUCAUUUUGUUUAACCGACGUAGAGCAGGGGAAGUUUCAAAAAUGCCCCUAUCUGCAUAUUUGUCUCAAAAUCCAUCACAUCCUCAGGAAGAUGUAAAUAUUGCCCUGUCAGAACUAGAAAAGAAACUAUGUAAAUACUUCAGGAGGAUAGAGAUAAGAGGAAAGAGGGGAAGAAAGGUCCCUGUGCUUUUGACCCCAGCAAUGCAGCAAGCACUGGAUCUGCUCGUCGGCACACGGCAGGAAUGUGGGGUUCCUAAGGAGAACAUUUACUUGUUUGCGAGACCAUCUGCUUUCACCUGCUACCGCGGUUCUGAUUGCCUUCGAUACUUUGCCAAGGCCUGUGGUGCAAAGAAUCCUGAAAGUCUCACCUCUACAAAACUACGCAAGCAAACUGGAACUCUGUCUCAGGUUCUUAACCUCACCAAUACAGAGCUGGAUCUGUUGGCAGAUUUUCUCGGCCAUGACAUAAGAGUGCAUCGGCAAUUCUACAGACUUCCUGAGGGCACCCUUCAGCUUGCUAAGAUCAGCAAACUUCUCAUGGCCUUGGAGCAAGGACGCCUGGCAGAAUUCCAGGGCAAGACCCUGGAUGACAUCAGCAUUGAUCCUGAGGAGAAUGUGCACAUGGACAGCGACAAUGAGACAGCGUGUGAGUCAGACUCACAAGAGGGUCAAGUCACAUCCACUCAGAUGGAGAAUAAAACAUCAAUGAGAGAUGGGAGCAAUACAGAUGAAGCAUCGCAACAGGGCCCUAUGACACCUCCACCAGCCGCUCAACCACAGACCGAGAGAAGGCAAAAAGGUCGGCAGCCUUUCAAGAAAAAGCUGUGGGAAAAGACGGAGAUCCAAGCUGUUGAGAAGCACCUGAUGUCUUUCAUUAACACAUGUCGCGUUCCGCGGAAAAGCGACUGCGAUAAGUGUCUUAAAAUGGAAGGAGAAGCACUCAAACAAAGAAAUUGGUUGGCCAUAAAGUUUUAUAUAAAGAAUCGGAUCACAGCUCUCAAGAGCAAAAUGUAAAGUGAUCAUUGAUGUCUGUUGACACCAUUACUUUUUUUUGUAAAGUGUAAUGCUUGCAAAAGUUAAAUGUUUGAUGUAAGCCGCUAUACAAAUAUAUAGAUCAUACUUUAUUUCUUCUUUCACCCCUCAUUGAUGUCCUCUUAAUACCUCCUUUUCUUUUAUCUGAAUUAUUCACAAUUUCCUCUUCAACCUUAUCUAUUUGAUCUUCUCUUACCUCUAUGCUUUUUAAAUCUCAUCUCUUUUUUGUAAUCUUCCUUUUAUCUGAACUACCUUAUCAUCUCUUCUAGUUUCUCAUAUUAUCUUGUUUUUUUCUUAACACAAUUUAAUCUUGUCCCUUUUCACACUUUCAAUUUCCUCAUUUCUUUCAAUAUCAUCUGGAAAUACAUUAUUAUAUAUAUAUAUUUAUAUAUAUAAAUAAUAAUGUAUUCUAAUGUAUUGUAUGUAAUAAUUAAAAGUCUAAUAACGACAAUCUCCUUGUAUUUACUGGAAAGCUCUAUAAUAACAUUGUAUUGCUUAAAUGGAAAUUACAAUGACUAUUUAAGCAGAAUACCCAUAUAAGCAUGACUUGUAUGGCUCCAAUAAUUAACACUUAGAACACAAACCCCUCUUUAUUUAAAAAGAAGGAAACUGAUGCAAAUUCAGUAAAUGUACUGUGAGUCUCAUUCACGAGUUCAGACAUCCCUGUGUCACAGUGGUUAAAUAGACUAAUAAAAAGCAUUACUAUAAUAGCUUAAAUAUUAAUUAAAAUGCUAUCAGUACAUUAGAAUUCAAUAUAAUUGUGUCACAACAGAAGCUACAUGUUGACACUAAAGGUGAAAAUCCUUCUGCAUCAUGAUAGCCCUCACUUUGACAGUCAAAGGUGUUGCAUUGUUACCUAAAGUAAGUUUAGUAAUAGUGUGCUAAGUGGCCCCACUAAUGUUUUAAACCAGACAGUGUAUUUUUGGAGCCCACACAUGACUAAAAGCCAGACAGUGUGUAUAUAUGGACCCCUCCUGUAACUCUGUACCUGACAAGACCCCAUGAAACGGGUUAUAGUCCGGUCAGUGACCUCUACUUUCUCUGAUUGAUAAUUUGAAGUGAAAUCUUUGUUUGAGUCCACUUCAGGAUUCUGCCUGAUUUUUUACAGUGCUGUACAACCUUCAGAAAGGGUGGACCCCAAAAGGGAUGGUCUGGUCAGGUACCCCCAGAAUGUAAUAAAGACAAGGGUGUGUGUGUGUGUGUGUGUGUGUGUGUGUGUGUGUGUGUGUGUGUGUGUGUGUGUGUGUGUGUGUGUGUGUGU